GAGAGAGUCAGGAACAAAGACGGGAGGAGGGAGACAGAGAGACACUGGGGAGAGCAGGCCAGAGCACAGCCGAGUGGGAGAACAGAGAAAGAGUGAAAGUGUGGGAUAUCCUGAAUGACAAACAGUGGUGACAACAGUGGGGAGUGUGGGAGACGAGACACAGGAUAGGGAGACCCACCCAGAGAAUCGAGAGCUGGGAUAGGGGCAAGACAGUGGCAGGAAGGCUGGUGGAGAGAGACUGGGAGAUAGACAGUCCCACAGAAGCAAAGAUACCGCGAGGUUGGAGAGGGGAAGGAGGUGUGAGACAGAGCAGAGAGAUCAGCAGGAUAGUGCAGACGGACAGACAGAGACCAGGCUGUCUGGAGGCAGGAGUCCGGCAGAGGACGGUGAAGAAAUCCUCUGACUCAGACAGGCAGAGAGAGACUGAGGCCGACCCUUUCCGACGGGCUCUAGACCUCAGCUCUGUGGGGCACAGUGGGACGCAGGCGACCCAGACAAGGGGUGCUGGCUCGUGCAAGGUCCAGCGGACGCCAGGGGUCUCUGAAAUGGAGCUCAGGGAGCCCGAGAACCAUGAGGAUGGGGACCCAGAGGAGGACACAGCUACAGCCCUCCAGCGGCUCGUGGAGCUGACAGCCACCAGGGUGACCCCAGUGAGGAAUCUACGUGUCCCGUACCGCCUCAUCCGAGAGCUCGGCUCUGGCUCCUAUGGCCGUGUACUCCUUGCCCGGCCUCGCCAAGGAGGACCUGCUGUGGCCCUGAAGGUACUUCGUCGGGAUUCGGUCCUGAGGACCACCUUCCUGAGAGAGUUCUGUGUGGGCCGCUGUGUCUCUUCACACCCAGGCUUACUGCAGACUCUGGCAGGACCCCUGCAAAGCCCCCGACACUUCGCCUUCGCCCAGGAGUACGCGCCAUAUGGGGACCUCAGCGGGAUGCUGAAGGAACGGGGCCUCCCAGAGCUGUUGGUGAAGCGGGUGAUGGCCCAGCUGGCUGGAGCCCUGGACUUCCUCCAUGGCCGGGGGCUCGUCCAUGCGGAUGUCAAACCAGACAACGUGCUGGUCUUUGAUCCUGUCUGCAGCCGUGUGGCCCUAGGUGACUUGGGUCUGACCCGGCCCGAGGGCAGUCCAACCCCUGCCCCACCAGGGCCACUACCCUCUGCCCCACCCGAGCUCUGCCUCCUGCUGCCACCUGAGACCCUGCCCCUGCGACCAGCUUUGGAUUCCUGGGGCCUGGGGGUGCUUCUCUUCUGCACUGCCACCGCCUGCUUCCCUUGGGACGUGGCACUGGCCCCGGACCCUGAGUUUGAGACCUUUGCUGGUUGGAUGACCACCAGGCCCCAACCCCCUCGGCCACCCCCCCCUUGGGACCAGUUUGCUCCCCCAGCUCUGGCAUUGCUCCAGGGGCUCCUAGACCUGGAUCCUGAUACUAGGAGCCCCCCACUGGUUGUCCUGGACUUCUUGGGGGACGAAUGGGGGCUAGAGAGGAACAGAGAGGGACCUGGGGGCUUGGGGGGCAUGUCUAGUGAAGAUGGGGAGGAGGAGGAAGAGCGGGGAGCAAGCCUGGAGGAGUGGACAGAUGAGGAGGAGGAAGAGGACAAAGAUGGCAGGAGGAUGGGGACAGAUGGGGGAGCUCCCUGACCAGGUGACUGAGACAGGUGGUCAGAGCCUGGGCCAAUGGCCCCUCCCCCAGCACCCCCCUGCCCGGCCACCUGGAUGACAGCUGCUCCCCGGAGGACGGAGAUGGAACACAGUGCAUCUCUCCCUGCUGAGGGCUGGACUGGGAAGCACAAUUCCCCUCUCAGCUGAGGACCUAGGAGUCCAAGAGUCAGCCCCUCCUCCCUCAGACUGGAGUCCAGGCCCCCAGCCCCCUCCUCUCUCAAGGACCCUUCCUCUUCCUUCUGUCCUGACUGUGCUUUCUUGAAGGAAGGCUCUGCUCCCCAUAGACACGUUUCCGCAUUGCGGGGACCUGCCGAGUGUCUCUCACGGAGCUCUGACCGGGCCACUCGUCCCCACUGCCACCUGGUUGACUCUCGCCGUCCAUGGCACUAUGAGUUCUCAAGAUCCAGCACCAUGGAAACCUCACCCUCCACCUCUUCCAUUUCCUUGGACUCCGGGUGACACUGGGGCGGUCACUCAUCCUGUCUGGACCUAAAUCCUUGCACGCACACAUGCACUGUCCUGCCACUGGCCCUCUGCGCAUAGUGCAUCCUCCCCCGAGAACUUUACUCACAGCUCAGUGCCUCCAAGCCCUCUCCAGCCUCGUUGGAACCUAUACCUAGGCGACCUCUGUCUCCCAUGGUUUUCCGCCUCACCUGUUGGGCUGUCCGUGGUGGACUUGGCUUUCCUCCUUUCGACAUCUUUUCAGUUCUGCUCCCGCUGGACGAGGGAUUCUGCUCCCCAUUGUGCCAGCUCCCUACCAGCACGGAGCAGCGAGGUGUGGGGCUGUCCCAGCUUCGUGGGCCUCGGAGUCUGCACUGAGAGCCCCGGGCCCAGCUGGGACGUUCGCCCUCCCGCCUGCAGCACGAGCCUGAUGGCUGGGGCUUCCCACCUGCGGGGCAUCCCAGGCCCUUCCCAGGGCCCAGCUCAGGCUCCCCAUCCCAGGGAAUCUGCCCUGUGUGCUUUCUACACUCAAAAGAGGGGUUCACCAAGUGCCGUGUGGUGUCCUGGAUCGGACCCGGGACAGAAGGCGGUUGGCGGAAGCACUGCUAAGACCUGAUCGAGUCUACGCAGGGUCUAGCCUGACUGAUGACUCCUUUGUUUGGACAAAUGUACCCUUGCCUGCGUGAGAUACCAGCCUGGCGGGGAGCUGGGGACGGCCUGGCGGUUCUCUGCACCAUCCUUCCAGCUGUUCUGGAAAUUGAAAACUAUUCUGAAAUAAAAGGAAUUUGUUUAAAAAAA